AUGGAGAAGCGCUUCAAGGUGCAGAAGCCCGCCGCCACGGAGAAAGGAAAGCGGCGCCAGAGCUUGAUGGAGAAAGAUAGUGUGAGCAGGUUCCUGGGCGGGACAACACAAGGAAAAAAGACACAAUCAAAUUACGAAGCUCCAACAGAAGAAGAGCAUUUUAGUGAUUCAAUGAAAGCGAAGCAAUUGGCAUUCAAAGCUAACACGGCAAAGAUAAGAUAUGCUAAUACCUACAGACUGGAGCCACAUAAUAAACUUCGGGAUUAUUUAGUGAGAGACAAAGCUCAAGCAAUACUCACGAAUAAACUUCAACAAGCCAAAUAUGAUGGAGUUUCUAGUCCCUCCUUGUGUGCUUCAGUCUCGGAAGAAAUAUUACAGGCUGUGAAGGAACUGGACUUUGACCGCUAUAAGUAUGUGGUGUCAGUACUAAUUGUGGAAAAGGCAGAUCAGGCAAUGAAUGUUGCCAGCAGAUGGGUCUGGGAUGUUCAAAGAGACACAUGGGUUUCAGCUAAAUGUGAAACUGAAACAUUUAUUGCGCUGGCUUUGGUAAUGGCUUGUUAUUAUGAGUAA